CGGGCUCCUCACGAGUGCGCGGUGUUUGGCGGCGUUCACGAGAGCCCGCAGGCCCGCGAGCGCGCGUGUGCGGCGGCGAAGCGCGGCGGUGGCCGGCCGUCAGAGGAGGAGCUCCGAGAUCCCCAGAGCCAUCUUUCAUCCCGUUUUUGCAGAAGAGAAGGUGAAAUCUCAGGGAAGUGACUAGCAGGCUCUCAGAUUGGUCAGUGAGGAGUCAGAAGCUGGAGGAGUUGCUCCUUCCUACCUACCUGAGGGAACGCCCACGGCCACGCUUCCUGUUGCUCCACUGGAAUAUCAAUCAAAGUUGCUCUAAGUCACAGAAAAAUGGGUCAUUUAAACCUCUGGAGGACUCAAUUAUCACAACACUUCUGUGUAACUACCAGCUAAGAUUUAUGAUGUAAAUGUAUAACAAAUGUGUGCACCUAACAGAAGCACAGAAGAAAUACAAGAGGAUAUCUUUCCUAAAAGUUUAAUAUUUCUAAAUACAGCCCAACAGCACAAUUAGUAAAUUAUUAGACUUGCCGAUACGGGCACACAUGUGCAGCAGCUACUGUAUACUGAUAAUUACCGAACCUCAGAUGUAUAUGAUUUCUCUCUGUGAGAAAAGUCCUUAGAUUUGUAGGAAAUCACUGAACAUUGCCAUUAGGCACAUAUUCAGUUAAGUGUCAUUGACGAGCGUUUUCUUGAAACAUCGUAGAAGGUUGGCACGUCCCAGGACCGGGUGGACUGGCUAUUAUGGCAGCAGCUUACAGACUUGUGGUUAGUACCGUGAACCACUACAGCAGCGUGGUGAUAGACCGGCGUUUUGAGCAGGCUAUCCAUUAUUGCACUGGAACCUGCCACACGUUCACACAUGGAGUGGACUGCAUUGUGGUUCACCAUAGUGUCUGUGCAGAUCUCUUACACCUCCCUGUGUCUCCGUUCAAAGAUGUCGAUCUGAACUCUAUGUUUCUACCCCAUGAAAAUGGCCUUUACCCCACAGAAGGUGACUACUCCCACCAGGCCCUCGCAGGCAUAACCAGGGUCAAGAGAACAUCCACGUUCCAGAACACCUGUAAUUUAAAGGACAUUGCAGGGGAAGCCAUCAGUUUUGCCAGUGGCAAAAUAAAAGAAUUUUCCCUUGAAAAGCUCAAAAACUCUAAUCAUGCCGUUUACAAAAAGGGAAGGAAAGUGAAGUCUGACUCAUUCAAUAGGAGGUCGGUUGAUUUUGACCUGCUCUGUGGCCAUUAUAACAGUGAUGGGCCCUCACCAGCCUUUGGCUUACUCCGGAGUUCCUCAGUGGAGGAAAAGUCUUUGUCCCAUAGAAACUCACUUGAUACAAACCUGACUUCCAUGCUUCUCCAAAACUUCUCUGAAGAAGACCUGGUGACUCAGAUUUUGGAAAAACACAAACUAGAUCACUUCUCUUCGGGGACAGACAUCAAAAUGUGCUUAGACAUCUUACUGAAAUGCUCCGAGGACUUGAAAAAAUGCACGGAUAUCAUAAAACAGUGCAUAAAGAAAAAGUCAGGAGGGGGCAUGAGCGAAGGAAGUGGUAACGAUGCAACUUCUACCUCUGAGACCGUCUAUAUGAAUGUGAUGACGAGGUUAGCAUCCUACCUGAAGAAGUUACCAUUUGAAUUCAUGCAGCCAGGGCAUGAGGCCAUUGAUAUCACAGAACUGGUUACCAAUGUGCCUAGCUUACAGCUGACACCCUUUUCUCCCAUAUAUGGCACCGAACGACCCCCUAAAUAUGAAGAUGUUGUCCAGCAGUCAGGUCCUGACUCGGGACAGUUUCAAACUAUUGAAUCUCAAGAUGACAAGCAUAUUUCUAGGAAAACAGACACUGCAAAAGUCAUUCCAAACAACUCUACCAAUUCCUUAUAUAGGCUGGAGGCAAAUGAUCCCAGAACUCUAAAAGCUGUCCAACUUCCAUCACCUUCAGCCAGGAAUCCUUUAGAGAAUGUUUCUGCUGGUGACUUACUGGAAACUCUUUAUAUUGAAGAAGAGUCAGAUGGAAAGAAAGCAUUCUUGGACAAAGGACAAAGGACAGAGAAUGGGCCCAGUCAGGAGCUGUUCAAGGUAAACAAACAGAGAGCCGAAUUGUCAGACCAUGAUAUUCACCUUACAAAAAGCCCUGCCUUGGUGCAAAAUAAUAUUGGUAAGGUGUUUGAAACACCAGUUGUUCAUCUACCUGAGAAAGACUCUAAAUCAAAAGUUCUCAACAUGGAAGUGGGAGACCAGAGAGGUUUUAUGAACCCUAAUAGUCAGGAAGAGAUUGAUAAAUUGUUACUGGAUUUGGAGUCAUUCUCCCAGAAGAUGGAGACCUCUUUAAAAGAACCACUCACCCAGAGUACAGACCUCACUUCUGUAAGUAGUCCUGGUCCCGUGAUUAGUUCAAUCCCUGCAGAUCUGGAGCUUAAAUCUAAAGGCUCCUCACCCACAGAAAAAGUCUCACCUUCUUGCCUAACAAGGAUUAUUGAAACCAAUGGACACAAAAUAGAAGAAGAAGAUCGAGCUCUCUUAUUGAGAAUCCUGGAAAGCAUUGAAGAUUUUGCCCAAGAACUAGUCGAAUGCAAAUCAGGUAGAGGGAGCCUGUCUCAAGAGAAGGAAAUGAUGCAAAUUCUACAGGAAACCUUGACAGCCUCCUCCCAGGCCAGUCUGCCUGGCUGCAAAACUCCUGUUGGUGAUAAAGCCAAUGAUACCACUUCCGUGGUUUUGAUUCAGCAGACGCCAGAGGUGAUCAAGAUUCAAAAUAAACCAGAAAAGAAACCUGGGACCCCACUUCCACCUCCAGCCACCCUCCCAAGUAGCCCCCAACCUCCCUCCCCUGUCCCUCAUGCAAAUAAUGCUGUGAACGCACCCGUGUCCAUAAACAUUCCACGCUUCUACUUUCCGGAAGGACUCCCAGAGCCCUGCAGUAACCACGAACAGACGCUGAGCAGAAUCGAAAAUGCCUUCGUGGAUAUUGAAGAUCAGAAAGCAGACAUUUAUGAAAUGGGGAAAAUUGCAAAGGCCUGUGGCUGUCCUCUCUAUUGGAAAGCCCCCAUGUUCAGGGCUGCAGGGGGAGAGAAGACAGGGUUCGUGACGGCACAGUCAUUCGCUGCUGUGUGGAAAACGUUGCUGACUAACAAUCAUGAUGACGCAUCUAAGUUCAUCUCUCUUCUGGCAAAGCCCAACUGUAGCUCUCUAGAACAAGAAGACUUCAUCCCUUUACUUCAGGAUGUGGUGGAUACACACCCUGGCCUUACGUUCCUGAAAGAUGCUCCAGAAUUCCACUCCCGCUACAUCACCACGGUCAUCCAAAGAAUAUUCUACACAGUCAACAGAUCUUGGAGUGGAAAAAUUACCUCGACAGAGCUGAGAAAAAGCAACUUUUUGCAAACUCUAGCCCUUUUGGAGGAAGAGGAAGAUAUAAACCAAAUCACAGACUACUUCUCCUAUGAGCAUUUCUAUGUUAUUUACUGUAAGUUCUGGGAACUCGACAGUGACCACGACCUGUAUAUUAGCCAGGCCGAUCUGUCACGAUACAAUGACCAGGCUUCAUCAAACAGAAUUAUUGAAAGGAUAUUCUCUGGGGCAGUAACAAGAGGAAAAACAGUCCAAAAAGAGGGAAGAAUGAGCUAUGCAGAUUUUGUCUGGUUUUUGAUCUCUGAGGAAGACAAACGGAACCCUACCAGCAUCGAGUACUGGUUCCGCUGCAUGGACGUCGACGGGGAUGGCGUCCUCUCCAUGUACGAGCUGGAGUUCUUCUACGAGGAGCAGUGCGAGCGCAUGGAAGCCAUGGGCAUCGAGCCCUUGCCCUUCCACGACCUGCUGUGUCAGAUGCUCGACCUGGUGAAGCCAGCCUGUGACGGCAGGAUCACCCUGCGGGAUCUGAAGAGGUGCGGAAUGGCCCACAUCUUCUACGAUACUUUCUUUAACCUGGAGAAGUACCUGGACCAUGAGCAGAGAGACCCCUUUGCAGUCCAGAAGGACGUUGACAGCGAUGGGCCUGAGCCCUCCGACUGGGACAGGUUCGCUGCGGAGGAAUACGAGGCCCUGGUGGCUGAAGAGGCCGCCCAGGCACAGCUCCAGGAAGGCUCCUUUGAGGAAUAUGAAACAGAUGAGCCUGCCUCUCCCUCUCCAUUUGGAAGCCAAGACAAUAAACCAGGACCCUCAAACCUUUCAGAGAAAUGUGGCAAGCUUCAGUCAGUGGAUGAAGAGUAGCUGCCACUGGUCACAGGAAAGGAAGACGUGUAUUUCAAAUACCUUCCCUUCCCUUGUCAAGAGAUGCUCCAGUUUGUGUACUGCUUUUGUAAAGGCUUUGAUUUCUCCCAAUGGGCAUCUGCACUGCAAACUUCCAGGCUGAUACCUCUCACCUUGGGAGACUCCUCGAGCUUGCCCAGACUUCUGGCAGAGGCUUUCCUCAGAGGGGAAUCUAACAGUGACCAUCACCUUUCAACACCUGCAACCCCCGAAUGCACCACAGCUCUCUUGGGGACGGUGUCAAGUUCUCUGCACGGCAGAUACUGUCUCCAUGCUGGCCGGCUUCCCCGAGACCUCUCAGGGCUCCUAUGGAGCCUAAAAGAAACCUUCACUUGCAGAAAACUUGAGUCAAGAGAUUCUGGAACUUGAAAAGUAUUAAGGGCCUCCAGAAUUGACGUAGCCCUAGUAAUAAAAGCACUGCCAAAACAUCUCAGAGACUUCCUUUAAUUAUGUGUACUGGAGUUCAAAGAUCUUGAACUUAACCCAGUUUAAACGUAAUUUCACAAUGACCUGCCAAACUACUAGUCACUUUACAUCCUCAGGUAUUGUAACCACUGGGCCUUCCAACUCGGCUGACAAGGGGUGGCUACCUCCCCAUCAUGACUGGACCUUAGAUAAAAUCCCAAGGAAAGAAAGAUCCUUAAAAGGAAGACUAGCGUAGAACUUGGCUCAUACUUGAAAACAAAGCAAGCCGCCUAACUUAUACAUUUGUAUAGAAUUACUGAAUGAUUUCUUAAUCUACAAGUUCACUGAUUUACCUUAUCUUUAUUUUCUAGCAGGCCUACUUAAAGCCUUAAAAGGAAUCGUGAGAUACUGUAUGAAAAAAUUCUUCCUAGAUGUAUUCCUUUCUUCAUGUCACUAUUAGAUUAAGCCGGAAGUAAACUCAACCUAACUCUAUUAAAAAGAAACUACUAUUCCAGACAUUUACCACAGAAUUGGAAGGAAAGUGAUAGCAUUGGGGGGAGGGGAUUCUUAUUGUGGUAGCAGAUAUGUUCACUUCAAAACAUCGUCUCAGCAGGGCCACGGCACAACCAAAUCCCACAAUAGCCAGGGUGGAAGAGGGAUGGAAAGAAACGACUGGAAUGGAUGGACAUUUCUAAAACACAUAAAAGGAGUCCACUGAGUGACUUCAAUAGUCAUCUCUGUCAAAGUCAGCUUUGCUCCUAGUUACUUGUGGCCUCUUUGCCAUCCAUCUUGGUUGCUUUGACCAAAUACUGAACUAAUCGAACCUUGGAAUAUGGCAGGCAGGAAGUGAAGAAUAAUUUAGGAAAUUAAAAAAAUCAACUAAAAGUAUGAGCAACCCCAGGAAUUAUACCUGUCACUAUCCAGCCAGAUUCCUGGUGGGAUUUUAUCUUCAUUAGAACUAAUCUCCCACUUAACGUAAAGGGCACACGCCUGCAAUCUCCGCACUCAGUAGGCUUGAGGGCACCCCGAUCCUGUCUCCAAAUGGAUUGGGACCUAAGAAAUUUACCACCAAUCCCAUCCCAGCCUCUACCAGCAAGGAGGAACUCUCUAGUGCCAGAUGAAAGUACAAAAGGUUAAAACUUGCUUGGAAAUACGGUAUGUUUUGUUAUCCAUACUGACUCGUUAUUUGGCUCACCAAAAAGACAAAAGUUGGUUUUACACUUUUUAAAAUGAAUUCAGGCCUGAGCUGCUUAUGCCUGCUAGCCACACUGCAAUCAUACGCGACUUUUUUCCCUUUAUUUGCACUGCUGCCGAUCCCAAACCCAGGGUGUUGCACAGCUCAACAACUGAGCUGCACCCUCAGGCCUCUUCUUUACCUCAUUUGUCCUUUCGGAAGUUCUCGUGAUCAAUUUGGAUUGUGCCAAGUCAUUACAAUCAUGUAUUGCACUGCAUUCCUUUCUUAGAGAUGAAAUGCAGUAUGUGUCAAUCCUGAGGACUAGGAUAGUAUGUCUCUCUGAUAAAGUUCUCCCUAAAACUCCUGCCAAACUGGAGGCUGCAAGCAUUACAGUACCCCAGGAGCCUUGAUACAAGACAAAUUGAGUUAUCAUGAUCUUGCACAACAUUAGUUGCCCAGGUAAUCAAAUGAAACUGUGUUUUCCCUCCAGUUUGUUACUCUGUACUGUUUCAAAGUGUUUUUAAAAAUUAGAUCUGUCCAACAAGAUGUCAUUUUCUCCACUUUUGAAAAUGUGUGUUUGGGUAGAGAAGGCUGCAUGACUUGUUCUUGCCUUUUUGCAAAAGAAUAAAGUUGACAAAUAGACAAAUCUCA